UCUCUGCCGCCUGGAGACUCCAGCAGAAGGCUGGGCUGUCUCACCACAGAGAGGCCCUGGGGGAGGAACAGCAGGAGCUGGUGAGGCAGGCCUGGCCUCCCGGGCAGUGAGGACCGUCAACCCGGCCCACAGCCAGAACCCACCGGUGCCGGACCCCUGCUCAUCCAGAGUUGACUGCGAAGAUGACGCUGACCCGGGUGCUGCUCCCCAUCACUCUGCUGGCUCUGUGCUGGGGGCUCAGCGUGGCAGGGGCCCAAGGGACCAUCCCGCUGCAGACCCUGAGCUGCCAUAACGACUACACCAGCCGCAUCGUCUGCAGCUGGGUGGACACCCGGCACGCCCAGCGGCUCAUCAAUGUGACUCUCCACCGCAGGCUGAACGAGGUCCCCCCGGAGCCAGUGGCUUGCCAUCUCAGUGAUGACACAUCCUGGUUAGAUGGCACUUGUCCUGGCUGUGUGCCCAGAAUAUGCAUCAUCCCCUGCACGCUUUUCCUCCUUCAUGACAGAGACUACUUCUCAUUCCGACCAGACAGGCCUCUGGGCGCCGAGCUCACCGUCACUCUGACCCAGCACGUGCAGCCCCCCGCCCCUGAAGACCUCCAGGUCACUGCUGCUGGGAACCAUUUCCUGCUGACCUGGAGAGUGGCCCUUGUGGCGUCCCAGAGCCACUGGCUGUCCAACCUGGAGUUCAAGGUGGUCUACAGACAGCUUCAGGACUCCUGGGAGGACGCCCCCACCCUCCUCUCCAACUCCUCCCAGGCUGUCCUGGGGCCAGAGCACCUCCUGCCCAGCAGCACCUAUGUGGCCCGAGUGCGCACCCGGCUGGCCCCGGGCUCGGGGCUCUCGGGACGGCCCAGCCAGUGGAGCCCGGAGGUUCGCUGGGACUCCCAGCCAGGGGAUGAGGCUCAGCCCCGGAACCUCCAGUGCUCCUUCGACGGUGCCACUGUGCUCAGCUGCUCCUGGGAGGUGAGGUCCGAGGUGACCAGCUCAGUCUCCUUUGCCCUCUUCUACAAGUCCAGCCCCAGUGCAGGGGAGGAAGAGUGCUCCCCGGUGCUGCAGGAGAAGCGCGGCGGCCCCUACAUCCUGCACCGCUGCCGGAUCCCCGUGCCCGACCCCAGCAACCACAGCCAGUACAUCGUCUCUGUGCGGCCAAGGGAGGAAGAGAAAUUUAUAAAGAGCUCAGAGAACAUCCAGAUGGCUCCCCCGACACUCAACGUGACCAAGACUGGGGACGCCUACGUCCUGCACUGGCGAGCAGAGGAAAUGCAUGAAAAACACAUAGGUCACACCUUCCAGGUCCACUACAAGAAAGAUGCGGCCUCGUGGGAGGAGGCCAAGAAGGAGACUGUGUCACACACACACAGCCUGUCGCUCUCCAGGCUGGAGGCCUCCACCAGGUACCAGGCACGGGUGAGGGUCAAGCCUGCCCCUGGCAGCUACAAGGGGAUCUGGAGCGAGUGGAGUGAGGAGCGCUCCUGGGUCACUGAGUGGGUGCUGCCCAUGUGGGUCCUGGCGCUCAUCCUGGUCUUCGCCACCCUAAUCUUGCUCCUAGCCCUGCGCUGCUGUGGCAUCUACGGGUACAGGCUGAACCGGAAGUGGGAGGAGAAAAUCCCCAACCCCAGCAAGAGCCACCUGUUCCAGAACGGGAGCGCCGGGCUGCGGCUCCCAGACGGCGUGUGGGUCCUCACCAGCAGGAGCCCCCCAUACCAGGGGCCGUGGAGCAGCCACUUCCCUGAGCUGGAGGGGGUGUUCCCUGUAGACUGCGGGCACAGCAAGGUGUCACCUCUCACCACAAAGGACCCUAAAGAUUCCCGGGACUCACCAUCUGAGCCUGACACGACUCCGGCCCCCUCGGACCUGCCCACUGAGCGGGCCCCCAACCCCCAGCCGGGCCUGUCGGCCCCCUCAGUCCGGCCUGAGAGCCUGGUCUCUGGCUUCGACUUCAAUGGCCCCUACCUGGGGCCGCCCCACAGCCGCUCCUUGCCUGACGUGGUGGGCCCGCUGGCACCCCUGCAGAUGGGCACGAGCCAGAAGCUGCCACCUCCGGGGUCCCUGGAGUACCUGUGUCUGCCCGCGGGGGGACAGGUGCAGCUGGUCCCGCUGUCCCAGGCGAUGGCACAGGGCCAGGCCAGGCAUUUGGAGAAGGAGAGUCCCUCCCUGGAGACAGGGGCAGGCCCUGCCCCUCCUGCACCAGGGCUGGUGGUGGGCGCUCAGGACUCAAAGGGCAGCCCCACAGCUCUGCCCGCUGGCUCUGGGGACCCUGAGGGCAGCGGCGUGGCCUCUGGUUAUGUCACCACUGCAGAGCUGGCCCUCGUCCCGCCCACAUGGUCCCCCUCUGUCUCCCAGGCUCCGCCUCUGGUGCUCCCCUCAGACCAGGACCACAGCCUCUGUCCUGGACUGGCCGGUGCACCUCCUGGAGCCCCGGCCCCCAUGAAGCUAGAGUUUGAGGGCUAUGUGGAGCUCCCUCCCACCACAGGCCAGUCCCCCAAGUCCCCACUGGUCAGUCCUGCUCCUCCUGCAGCCUGCAGCCCCAUCCUGAGCCCAGGGGAGCCUCGGGCAGAUGCCGCCCCAGCCUCCCCACACCCUGAGGGGCUCCUCAUCCUGCAGCAGGUCGGUGACUAUUGCUUCCCCUCCAGCUUUGGAGCACGCCAGCUCUCUCUCCAGGGCAAGCCCUCCACUCUGAAAGAAGGCGCUCGGACUAAGAUCCGCUGGCCCAGUGCCCUCGCCCAGCCAUUGUGAAGGGCCGGGUAUAACUUCACUCUAAAGCAAUCAAGCCACUGCAGGAUCCAGCACUAUCGGGGAGUGACGACAGGCCUGGGGAAGUUUGGCCGUACUCUACCUCUGCUGGGUGCCUGGAUCCUGCCUCCCUCCUUGUUCCAUUCUCUGGCUCCUUCCCUGGAAUUUUCUGUGUAUCCAGAGGAGGCCAGUGCAGUGAAGAGCGGUGGUUCUCAAACUUUUUCAAGCACCAGCAUUGACGGCAGAGCUUGUGAAACACACAGGUUUUGAUUCAGUGGGUCCUGGGUGAGACCUGUGAGUCUGUGUUCCUGUGAUCCCAGGGACGCUGAUGGUCCUAGUCUGGGGACCGCACUUUGAGGACCCCAGGUGUAGCAGAAAGUGCUAAUACAGCGCUUUCCCUCUGCCCCUCACUCACGCUGGGUCUUUGUGUCUCUUGGAUGAUUUGCAUGUGAUUGUCAUCCAUUUCUCACAUCUGCAUUGUCUAAUUGUUGAAUAAUGGGCAGGGAUUGCUUAUAAUUAAGAUUAAUUAUGAGCAAUGAAUCAAGAUUUUUUUCUUCUUUGUUACCUUGUUAUUACUGAUUUCUAGCUUUACUGUAUUGUAGCAGAAAAUGUAGCCUGGAAAAUUCCUACUCUUUGGAAUUUCUUUAAAGUUUUACUUGCGGCUAAGUAAAUCAACAUUUAUGUAUAUAUUCCCAAGGAAUAAGAGAAGAAAACAAGAAAAGAUCAUCUCUAUUUAUAUAUUAUAUACAUGUUAUAUUAUAUAUUAGACACACAUAUACAUAUUCACCUAUAUAAGCUCACUUGUGAAUUAUUGUUUUAUGUAAUUAUUGUUUUAUGACUGUGGACAGAAGAGGGUAACAGCUGCAAUUCUAUAGCUAUACUGUCUGGGUUCAAACCCUGGCUCAGCCACUUGCUACCUUUAGGCAAAUUCCCAACCAUCUCUGCACCUCUGCUUCCUCAUCUGUAAAAUGGGAUGAUAAUUGUCAGCUCUUAUAUAAUUUUAUUCAUUCACAAAUAUUUAUUGAAUGUCUACUGUGUGCCUUGUACUGGGCCAGCUCCCCAGUUGCUCAUAAAUAUUUAUUUUACCUAUGUGAUCUGCCAAAUAUGAGACAAGUGCGUUGAAUUUGCCAACUGAGAUUUUAGCUUUAUCAACUUCUCUUAAAUCUAUAAGGAUUUCCAUUACGGAUUGCCCUGCGCUGUUCAGUUUCAAAAGAUUUGUGAUCAUUAUAUCUUCAAGUUUUGCUAUUUUUAGUUGUUGUUGUAAAUAUCCUUCUUUAUCCUAUUUAAUACUCUUGGCCCUAAAUGUUGUUUAAUCUGACAUUAACACUACCACCUGCGUUUUGUUGUUGUUAUUGUUAUUAGCAUUUGCCUAAAUAUAUCUUUUCCAUCAUGUUAUUUUCAACUUUCAAGUCCUUUGUUUGGGAGAGGGGUGUGUUGAAAACAGGCUAGAGCUGCUUGAAAAGCAUCCAGUCCAAUCAGGGAAUCCUUGUGUGAGUGGCUUUGCUUGCUUUUAUUGUGAUAACAAAUAGAUAUUUGCUUUUGUUUCAUUUCUCCUUUUUCACUUACCUUGCUUUUAAUACUUUAAUAUACUUUUUAAAAUAUUGGUUUUAAUUUACACAAGUAACACGUGAACAUAAAAAAUUCAGUUUGAAAAGUAUGUAGAAUAAAAAUGCCCCAAUUCCGUCUCCUCACCAGAGGAAUCCCCUGUUGUGGGUUGCUGUGUGUUCUCAAAAAGUUUCCCUGUUGCGUUUACAAACUUGAGCUUAGAUUGACUACCUCCCUCCAGCCCCCUACAAAAUGGGAUGCUACUCAACAGAUUGUUCUGGGCCUUGCUUUUUUUGGUUAAUGUGUCUUGGAGAUCUUUCCGUAAUAGUCUCUCUUUUCAGUGGCUACAUAGUAUUCCAUGAGGUGGAUGUGCCGAGUCUCUUCCUAUCCCAGGCAGUAGCAAAAGCAUAUUGUUGCUCUUUGCAUGGUUCCUAUUUCUAGAAGGCAAGCAAUGUGGCAAUAAACGUCUAUGUACCUGUAUUUUGGGGCUUAUUUCCCAAAUCAUUUUAGAAACAAAAUUGCAGCUUCAAAAGUUAUGCAUUUUUCACUUUGCUCCAUAUUGUCUGAAAAACUACUUCCCACCAAAAUAGUCUAAGAGUACCUGGUCAAGAGAAUGAGAAGACAAGCCACAGGACUGGGAGGAAACAUUUGAAAAAGACACAUCUGAUGAAGGACUCUUAUCCAAAAUAUUCAAAGAAGUCUUAAAACUCAACAACAAGAAAAUGAACAACUCGAUCUAAAAAUGGGCAAAAGAUCUGAACGGACACCUCACAAAAGAAGAUGCACAGAUGGCAAAUAAGCAUAUGAAAAGAUGCUCCACAUCAUAUGUCAUUAGGGAAUUACAAACAAAAACAACAAUGAGACCCCACUCCACGCGUAUUAGAGUGGCCCAAAUCCGGAACACUGACAACACCAAAUGCUGGCGAGGAUGUGGAGCGACAGGCAUGCUCAUUCAUUGCUUGAGGAAUGCAAAAUGGUACAGCCACUUUGGAAGAAAGUUUGCCAGUUUCUUACAAACUAAACAUACACUUCCCAUAGGAUCCAGCAAUCGUGCUCCUUGGUAUUUACCCAAAAGAGUUGAAAACUUAUAUCCACAUAAAAACUUGCACACAAAUGUUUAUAGCAGCUUUAUUCUUAAUUGCUCAAACUUGGAAGCCACCAAGACAUCCUUUAGUAGGUGAACGGAUGUGAAAGACUCAGACACCACUCAGCUCCCCACUCAGGAAAGGACCAGCCACCCAGCUGCUGACAGCCUCCAACUUUGGCUCCUUCCUUCUUCUCAGCGGGUCCCAGCCAAUGACCGACACCACGAGGGCCCCAGGGCCUGGCCGUUUCUGCCCAGCAUGGAGCCCUUCUAACUGCAAGAUUUGCUCUGAUCUCCCCACGGCCUGGCAGAUGUUUCACCAGGUCUGGAGGGUCUGAUGGCUGACCCAGCUUUGCUUCCUUCUCUUUCCUUUCAUCCCCAAUAAGUCCUUUGCAUGUCCCUCCUUCUCAGGGACAGCUUCCUGGAGGCCUCAAGCUGUGACAAUUCCUUAAUCAUCACCUGCUAUGUGCCUGGCUCUGGGCUGGUUCCCAGGGGCAGACAGGUGAGGAAGCCGUGGUCCUACAUGCAAGGUCUCUCGGGACUUCAAUGAAUGGGAACGUGCAUCCUUAUUUAGCUCCCAGAGAAAUACAAACAUUCUUCAUGGUCACCUCUGGCUCCAUCUCCCCCCGCCACCGGAGCAGCUCGAUUUGUGGAUUUUUCCAUCUUUCCAAGCAAUGUGGAUCACCUCGCAUCCAUGUGUGGAUCUCUAGGUGAGAGACCUUGCUUUCGAGGGCAGGCUCUGAACCACAGGGCCAGGGCUUGAACCCUGGUUCUGCCACUCACCAGCUGGUUGACCUGGGGCAAGUUAUGUAACCUCUCUGUGCCUUAGUUUCCUCGCUUACAAAAAGGUAAUAAAGAUCGUGCCUGCCUCAGAGGAUUGUGAAGAUUAAACGAGUUGAUCCCACUAAGUCAACUGAGCAGGGCCUGCCAGGAAUAAGCUCUCAAUAAUCCUCCGCUAUUUUUAUGGGGAAUUCAGUCUCUUACGUAGUUCUCCACUCUCAUUAGAGAUCAAAUACAGGACGUCCAGUGAAAUUUGAAUUCCCAAUAAUAAAAAAUAAUUUUUUUAGA